AUGGAAGACGACCUUCUAGAAGCCUUUACAGAGAUUGUAAUUGGCAACAAAUCUACCUCUUUACUCGGCCCCGUCUUCGAAAAGCUUCAAAAUGGCGAGCAGGAACCCGAGGCUCUUGCUCAGUGCGUUCUUGAUGCUAUAUGGUACAUUGACAGUACCAUUAUUGACGGUGCAAGCGACAAAGCGACUGAAAACGAUUGUCGUCGAAAUCUUAUUAACAUUGUCAAAUAUCUUCACGCAAAUAAUAUCGUCGACACCAAAAGCAUGAAGACGAAAUUAGAUAUUUCCCUCUUAGAAAGUGCCGGUGUAGUAGAAGAGAAAACUUUUGGCCGACGCUGCGUGAGAAUUAACACGGCAAUGUUGUAUAAACAGCAAAAAUAUAAUCUCGCCCGUGAAGAAUCCGAAGGAUACGCAAAGUUAAUAUGUGAAUUAGCUAUGUGCUGUGACUCCAUAUAUAAGGAAGAUGAUGUGUCUCUAAAUAUACGUACACAAAGCAUUUUGGAGGCUAUUCAAACAUUAAUAGGUUUCUUCAACCUGGAUCCAAAUCGUGUCUUGGACUUAAUUCUUGAUAUAUUUAUUAUAAAUGUAAAGGUUCACUACGAAUUUUUCAUACAACUUUUGAAGAAUUCUCCAUGGUUGCCUGAUCCUAUGGAUAUAAUUGAGAACCAUGAUGAAUGGUCGAAUGAUAAAGGAAAUCCAAUAUGUGCUCAAUUGCUUGGCAUAAAGUACUCCCGUUAUGAGGGCUCCGAUAUGUUUCCAAACGCUUUUUCAUAUUUGUACAUUGCUUCCGCUAUAUUGAUACACAAUCAAGUUGUGAAAAUAGCUGAUCUAUAUCCAUAUAUCCUGAGGGAAUCUGAAGAUAACCCUCAUCAGCAUGAGAUUGGCCUUGCGUGUGCUCUUAUUGAAAUAGGUGAUUUUUACCAUGUACGUUACGUAUUAUAUCAUCUCCCCGAGAUCGAAGAAUCCAUAGCCAGUUGCUUACGUCAGAUGAUCAAUGUAGCAAUUUAUGAUAUUUACGCACCAAUCGCUCCUCGUUUAGUAAAACGUCUCCAACCUCCGUCCUUUUUCGGUUCUUGGUACAAACGUUGGCGAGAAGGAAUACCUAUCAUUCUUUCUUUCUCAGAUUUAAUUGAGGGACAAGGACGACUAUUGUUACUUUUUAUUGGACCAUGGCUUGCUAGAGACCUUAUAUUAUUUACAAAAAUUAUGCGUAUUGCAUAUCACCAUCUAGAGGAAUCGAGAAAUUCUUCGGAUUUUGAAACAAUUAAAAAUAAAUGGCUAGAUAUUGUUCGAUCAACAAUUAUGCCUAGCAUAGCCAUGCCGGAUACUACUUGUGGUGUUAUAGAUGAGUUAUGGAACAUUCUUAAAUUGUUCCCAUAUAAAAUGAGAUUUAAUAUUUAUGCUGAAUGGAAAUUGGCUUAUGACGUCCACAAGCCAUUAAAAGAUCAAUAUAAGAAGGUUAGCCAUGAAACAAAAAAAAUUUUAAAAAGAAUUACUGAAGAAAAUUGCCGUGAAAAAGGUCGUGAGCUUGCAAAAAUUUCUCAUGCAAAUCCGACAAUUGUAUUUGAAAUUAUUCUGAAACAAAUUCAAGCGUACGGUAAUAUGAUUAAUCCUCUUGUUGAAGCCUGUAAAUAUUUUACCGCAUUCGAAUAUGAUAUCUUGACGUAUCAGAUGCUGGAAGUCUUUUCUAGUGACAGAGAAAGACUCAAAGAGGAUGGUAUUAAUAUCAGUGAUUGGCUUAAACAUUUAUCGGAAUUUUGUGGAAAUAUGUGCAGAAAAUAUGAAAAAAUGAACCUUUCAAGCAUUCUUUUGUUCAUCAUUUGCAGACUUAAAGACCGCAAUUCUGUAGAUUUAUGCGUUCUUUCUCAACUUAUUACUGCAAUGUCAGGAAUUAAAUAUGAAAUAGUCCCUUCAAAAUAUGACGUGGCUCUCAUGGGUACUGGCGAGCAUUUGCGAAACAUCAAAUUGUUUAAUCGAAACCAGAAGAAUGUUCGUCGUAAUUCUUCAAGGCUGAGUCAAACGCUCGUUGAAGAGGGAUUUGCUGUAAAGAUUGCUGUUUUAAUUGCUCAGUUGGCACAAAGCAUUCCAUAUGAGGCACUUGGUGAAAGUUCUAAACAUCUUAAAUCUGUUGUCCAUCGUAUGGAUCUUUGCUGUAACACUUACAUCCAAUAUGUUGAUUUUUUGGCAAUAACUAUUGGCAUGGAUGAAUAUACUAAAAUUAUGCCAGAUAUUGAAAAAUUGGUUAAAACGUAUCAUUUACAAAUGGAAUAUGCGUUUAUGUUGUUACGGCCA